AAGGCCGCUGGUGCUAUUGAGCGCGUGCGGUGGCGGCGUUGCCAGGAGAAGUGGGCGUGGCCGGCUCUGCGCUUGCUGCCGUGAGAAGAGGAAAGAUGGCGGAGGAGGAGAAGCUCCCCGCGGGCUGGGAGAAGCGCAUGAGCCGCAGCUCCGGGCGUGUUUAUUAUUUCAACCACAUCACAAAUGCCAGCCAAUGGGAGCGCCCCACUGGCAAUAGCAAGAAUGGUCAAGGGGAGCCAACAAAAGUGCGAUGCUCACACCUCUUGGUGAAACACAAUCAAUCUAGGAGACCCUCAUCAUGGAGGGAAGAUAAAAUCACGCGAAGCAAGGAGGAGGCCCUGGAACUAAUUAAUGGCUACAUCCAGAAGAUUAAAUCUGGGGAGGAAGAUUUUGAGUCCUUAGCAUCCCAGUUCAGUGACUGCAGCUCAGCCAAGGCAGGGGGAGACCUGGGUACUUUUGGAAGAGGUCAAAUGCAGAAACCUUUCGAAGAUGCCUCCUUUGCGCUGAGGACUGGUGAGAUGAGUGGACCAGUAUUCACAGAUUCAGGGAUCCAUAUAAUUCUGCGUACAGAAUGAGUGUUUUGGCACCAUGCACUUGGAAAAGAAAGGGUGAUUGGGAAAAAAAGAACAAGAGAACCUUUACUCCAACCAUUGGUACGCUCUCUAUCCCAGAACAAACUUCAUAUCUAGCUUAUUUUUUAUUUUUGUUUAUAUAUAUGUGUGUAUCCCUGUUUCAUAUUUCAGUACCUUAUUUGACAUAUUGAAGAAAUGUUUUCCCCCGCCUGUAUUGAUGCAUGUUAGCUGGGGCAAAAAACAAUUGAAACAAAGAGACCGUAGCAUCUUUCAUAAGACACAAUGGCAGUGUUUUUAACAACAACAAAAAAGGAAAUCCCUGGCUGCUUGAGUUUAAUAUUGACGGUUUCUUCCAUUCAGAAGAUAUGUCUUUACUUACAGGGUCAUGCUUCAAUGCUUUCCCUCUAUAUCCAACUUAUAAUAGAGUUAUUUAUUAUAGGGCUGCACUGAUGGUGGUAGAGUUUAGCUCUCAGUGUAUAAAUAAAUAGAAUAAAAAUCUCCUUUGCCAUGAUAUAUCCUGGUUUAAGUUCACAAGUAAAAAUACCCCAUUUCUUAUCUCUCUCGCCCACAAUUCAGUGGUAUUCAGUUUUUAAUUUGGCCAAUCAUUGAUAAACUGUUUUUGGGUGUAAAACUAGAACACUCCUGUGACUCACUUUAUUGCUGUAGAUUUAGGAGUACACAUUUCUCAUUUAUGAUAAUGUGCAAAUUCCACUGGAUUUCCAGCGUCCAUUGAGGGUUGAGUUUCAGUAGAUGCAAAGGGAGGUGAUGUUGUCUGGAUAGGAAUUCUCUGUGAUCACCUGAGCAUACACUGCUGUCAGAAAUAUAAAUUUGCCAUAUGCUGAUUACCGUAAUGCGUUCUCAUUGAAUUAGAUCUCGCUGAUGUCUUUUUGAGACAGACAGACAUUUAUCUUUUAUAUUAUUCCAGUGCAGCCCCUCCCCAAGUUUAUGUAGCCCUCUAAAAUUUCAUUAGAUGUAUUACAUGUUAAUCAUUUUUGUGUGUUGUUCUUGAUGCUGACAUAUUAUCCCAAGGGAAAGCCAUUUAGCUGUUGGCUUCCAGGUUUUUUUAGUUUGUGUUUUAUUUUUGUUUUCUAUUUCUUUUGUUCAGAAGCUGGUCAUGAUCCAUUUGUGGUUUAGGACAACACUGUAAAGUCACUCUUUCUGUUUUUCUGCAUUGCUUUUUCUCUAUAUAAAUUCAAUACGAUUCCCAACGUUCCUUGCUUUUGACCUGAUGCAAACAAGCUUUGUGUAUAUAUAUAUAUGUACAGAGAGUGUUCCAGUUCUCUUAUGUGAGAAAAUAAAAAUAAAUCCCUGCCAACUAUCAACAUCAGAA